UCCUCAUGUUAACGGGCUGGAGUUUCGCGCUUGCGCGCUGCCAUGUAACUAGCAUCAGCUGCGGUGGUUUGUUUUUGUAUGUACAGGCUCAUCAAAUAUAAUAAUAACCGACAGAUAUUUACGGAGAGCGUUGUUUUAUUCGUUCCGUUCAUGAAAGAACGACUGUGAGACGCAUCCAGCGUGUAAACUGUGGAAUAUAACGCGUGAUUUGGCGGCUAGCAGUUAUGACGGAGACUAGCCGGAUCAGUUUGAGAUAGACUGUUUCUUACUCGAGGAGAAAUCCAGCACUGUCGCCUUGUAUUUGUUUACAUUGAAUUGACCAUUUUCUGAGUUAUAAUUCAAAGAGGCGCUCUCAUUUGAACAGGGAUGUGUAUAUUAUGAGUGUUGCGCUGUUAGCUGAGGUGUGAUGAUGUGUGUAGUGUAGCAUGACACAGCAGGCUGUUGAGCAAAACACAUACAAGAUCUUUAUUAUCCAGGAGACAUUAUGCUGACAGAAAACAGGAAGCGUCAGCACGCUGAAGGUGAUGAUGAAGAUGUUCAGAUGCCUCCGGCCAAAAGACUGAGUUCAACUCUCCAGAGCACUGACACUGCCAGAGAAUCAUGGGAGUCUGAGUCUUCCAGCAGUGAGAGUGGCAUCAGCAGUCCAGAACAUGGCGCUGGCAGCAGCAGUAGCAGCAGUAAUUGUGGACUGGACAUCAUUGGGCCCCGCUCUGGCCCCGGCACCUGCAGUCCCGUCAGUGCCUCCAAGCAGUCGGGCCCUGUGGACUUGCUCUCAUACCAGGACAUCAACCGGGUCCUGAGAGAGGCCCAUUUCCACAGCUUACAGAGCCGAGCUCAGUCCAAGCACAGGUGACUUUCAGGGACACUCUUCCCGUACUGACCCCUAGAAGACAGGGUACAACUCCAUCAUCGCCAUCCCCAUUCAGACCUGCUCCUACUUUCUCAGAGAGCUCACGUUAUGUGUUUGGAUGGAAAAUAUGCCCUGAUAUUGGAAACUCAUCAAUAAAAAGAGCUCAGAAAUGUUCAUUGUAAGCAGUGACUGCUUGAUUGUGAUGCAAACUUUUGGGAUAUUCAUACUGUGUAUUUUCCCUCUUAAUAAACAGCAUUGAGAGCUGGAAUAAGAAUGAGGGGGGGGGGGGAUAUCUCAUGGAAACAUGCCCAGGUUACAUUUCACACCAAAUUCAAAAGAGAGAAACAAUUAUAAAUUAUAUUUUGGGUAAAGAAAAAGGCCAUUUUAGAACCAUUGUGACAUUUUAAUGAUAUUUAGGCAUAUUUACCCACCAAAUUCAGAUUAUUGUAAUGCAUCUGGACGUUUUACUUUUUAUUUUAUUUUUGUAUUCCUUAUUUGAUUCACAUUACUGUGAUUACAUCAAGGUAGUUCAAGAAAUA